AGCAUAUUGCAGCCAUGUCUCUGAAGCUUCCGACGCCAAAGAUUCCCUGGCAAAAAAGCCAGAGUGGCUUACUCUCACCAGUCGCCCGCACUAGGCCGAUUCUGCGUAGCUUCACUGUGGAUGGCGUGGCAGGGCUGGCGCAGAUUGAUGAGGAAAGGCCCGCUCCAGUGCUACAGCCCCUUCCACCGCGCGGCGAUGUCAGCUUGCCACUGCCAGGUACCAUGGCUGAGAUGGGUUUGCCCUCCAUGCUUCGGCGCCGCGGUGAGCAGCGAAGCCCUGAGACUCCAAGAUCACCCAGAUGGACAUGUGCUGAAGCAGCUGAUACUUGGACAUCACUGAAGAGCGAGCGCCAGCUGAAACCAGUGGAUUCGCCACCUGCUCGGUGCCACAGCUGGGUCUUAGACUUUGAGCGCUUGUUCACUGACUACUUCGUCCAGGUUCGGCCAUCCCGUUGGCGCGGUCUUUGGACGUCCAACCCAGUUACCAUUGAACCAGAGGAUGUGGUAGCAGCAUGGGCCGAAGAAACGGCAAGGUACAUCAUUCGUCAUGCCAGUACCUGCUAUAGCUACUGGCCCUAUGUGCAGUUGGAAUAUGAAUCUGUACACCAGAAGCUUUUGCAAGAGAUGGAGUGGACAGUUGAGUGGUCAGGCUCGAAGAGGUUCUGUGUGGUGGUGAGUCUUCUUCCUGAGCGAGUCUGCCAUCGACUUUUGUGGGCAAUUGGGGACUCCUUGCUGCCGGAUGAGUUCUUGACAAAUAUGCAGCAGUCACUGCAAUCUCGUUGGCGAAGCCAUCGCUUCAGAUGCUCUGACUCCUUUCUGCGUCCCUGGGGAACCUUCCAGACACUUUUGGUGUUGUGCACAGUGCUGAUGGUGCUAUGCUUUCAAUCGGCGGAUGCACAUUGGCAGGCCAUCUACAAGCAAGGAAUCCGAGAUCCAACGCACAGAGCUGAAGCUUUGGAUCAUUUGGCAUCAAGACUUCUUUGUCUUGGAGGUUUUGGGCACCUCUGGGUGUUCUACAUGGUGGCAGCUUUCUUUCCCUUGCGAACCCUGCACAGUCCCUUUCAUCGUGACGUGGGCUCUAUGGCAGCUUAUUCACACUAUUCCCUGCAGGCUACUCGGAUUCUUUUGCCCUUGGUCUCCACUGCGAAAUUGGCUGCUCUUUUGGUUCGUUUUGAACGCUUGCAGAUUUCCUGGUCGUUUUGGUCUUUGAGCGAAUUGAACCAGCACUCUUUCAUGAUCGCAGCUGCAUCCCUUCUGCCCAUCGUGGCCAUCAGUGUGUGUGUUGGGAUGCGAUCCUCUUUCUACUCCUACUACCAUGCCAGCUCUUUCAUUCUUGCGGCAAUGAAUGGAGUGGUCAGCAUUGGUUUCACUGCUUAUUUGGAAGUCGGCUGGGCAGUCCUGUGUGUGGCAGCGGUCCUCUUGGUGUGGCUCUUGCUGUUUACCCAGUACACGGCAGAAUUUACCAAAGCCAAUCUCUUGAAGGCGGCCCAAAUUCAAUGGGCCUGCCUCCAUGGUUUGGUGGUGCUGUGCUUGGUCCUUGCCGCGGCUUUGGAGGUCGAGGCUGGCUUUGCACGGAGGUUUGUAAAACUUUUUUGUGAAACGCAGACAUUGGUGCCAAUGAAGGUCUGUCAGCGCUUGCUGAGUGGACACAGUUGAGAUCCCAAAGAAGCAUGCCACAUGUGACACGUCAAAGUGGAAAUCUGUUGAACAGAAUUUCUGCCAUACUUGCACGGGCAAAAGUAUGCCCUAACAUUUGCCUGAAAUUGUUAAUUACGUAGCUCUAGCAUAGGUCGUAGGACCAAGCUCCACAGUUGCAUCCAAAAUGCGAACUGAAAGGUUGGAACUCAAACCUUCCUUUGUGG